ACGCUUAAAGAGUACUAACUUUUUGAAUUAAAAAUACUAAAAAAUGGAAAAUUCUGUUAUUUCUGUGUUCAUUGAAUUGCUAAUGGUGCUGCAUAUCUUCACAUCAUUUCCAUAUGCAUCAUCAUCAUUAUCUUCUUCUUGUUCUUCAACCAACAACAACUCUGAUUUGUUAGCUCUGCUCAACUUUAAAUCCCACAUUGAAAAAGAGUUGCUUCCAAAUAGCUCAGUAGUUAGUAGCUGGAACACCAAUACCUCUUUCUGCAAUUGGAUUGGCGUCUAUUGUGGUCAACGCCACAAGCGUGUCACUGCCUUGAAUCUAUCUUACAUGGAACUCCAAGGCACUAUUUCACCCCACAUUGGAAACCUGUCCUUCCUUCGGGUUUUAAACCUUUGCAACAACAGCUUUUAUGGUCCAAUACCCGAAACAGUAGGCCGGUUACGGCGUUUAAGAGUCAUCAACUUGAUAUUCAAUCAGCUUCAUGGGACUAUUCCAUCAAGCAUUUCACAUUGCAAAAGGCUGCAGCGUAUACUCCUUGGUCAAAACCACUUCGAAGGGAAUAUACCAGAAAGCUUGGGAAAUCUAACGAGUUUGGAGAUACUACAACUGCAAGACAUCAACUUAACAGGUACCAUUCCUUCUUCCAUCUUCAAUCUUUCAAUUCUUAGAGUUCUUGCUCUUAGUGGGAAUGGUAUUUCUGGAGGUAUUCCAAUGGAUAUAUGCCAUAUGCUUCAAAGACUAGAAGUUGUUCAUCUUUCUGUGAAUCCACUUGGUGGUCAAAUACCAACGAGUUUGUGUCUUUGUAGAAAUCUCAAAAAGCUCGAACUAAUGCAAAAUGGGCUCACAGGAAGCAUACCUAGAGACAUUGGUUGCUUAUCUAAACUUGAGUAUCUCAAUCUUGCUAGAAACCAGUUUACGAGCAAGAUUCCUUCUUCGUUAGGUAAUCUUUCUAAGUUAGUAGAACUUCAACUUUCUGAUAAUAAUCUGUCAGGUGAUAUUCCUCCAGAGUUAGGCCAGCUUUCUAAUUUGAGAAUUCUAGACUCUGGUUUUAAUUAUCUUUCCGGUAGAUUACCUGAAAAUAUUUUCAACCUUUCUUCGGCUGUAAAAAUAUCAUUCAUGAAUACCAAAAAUCUGUCUGGAAAUGUUCCUGAACUCUCAGGUUUUCGUCUUCCUAACCUUAGAGUAAUCAAUUUACUUGGUAAUCAAUUUAGUGGUAGAAUUCCGGUUUCUAUAUCCAAUGCUUCAAUGAUCACUUUCUUGCAAUUGGCGCACAAUUCCUUCAAUGGGCCGGUGCCUACUUCGUUAGGCAGUUUACGGUAUCUGAGAACUCUCAAUCUACAAGCCAAUGAACUGACCAAUGAUCCAUCUCAACGAGAGCUUCAAUUCCUAAACUCUUUGACACAGUGUCACCAGCUUCAAACUUUGGUCCUAGGGGAGAAUCCUUUGAAUGGAUCACUACCAAAAUCUAUUGGGAACCUGUCAACUUCUCUUGAAACCUUUAGUGCAGAAAGAAGUCAGAUUCUAGGUAGCCUUCCAAAUCAAAUUGGCAACUUGAGUAGCUUGUUGGUACUUGAAUUUGUAACCAAUGAUCUGGUUGGUGAAAUUCCUUCUUCUGUGGGAAACUUGAGAAGAUUACAGAAGUUACGUCUCCUCGGUAACAGAUUAGAGGGAAACCUUCCAAACGAGCUCUGUCAAUUAACAUCUCUUGGUGAAUUGCUCUUGGACAUAAAUAAGCUAAUGGGUCCAAUACCUUACUGUAUUGGAAAUCUUACCAGAAUGCUUACAAUCUCAUUAUCUUCUAAUGCAUUUACCUCUAUACCGAUGAGCAUGUGGAGCCUCAAGAAUGUUUGGUCUAUGAAUUUCUCUGUCAACUCACUAAAUGGGAUACUUCCUUCUGAUAUUGGAAACUUGAAGCUCCUCAUAACAUUGGAUCUAUCCAAGAAUCAAUUAUCAGGAAGCAUUCCAGGAACCAUAUCAAGUUUGAAGAUGUUAAAGCAGUUGAACUUUUCAGAGAAUGCAUUUCAAGGCAACAUUCCUACAGUUAUCGGCGAAUUGGCUAGCCUUGAAUCGUUAGAUCUCUCAUCUAAUAAUUUAUCUGGCAUAAUUCCAAAGUCUUUGGAGAAGCUUCAUUAUCUCAAGCACCUGAAUCUGUCUUUCAAUAUGUUAAGUGGCCCUGUUCCUGUCAAUGGAGCUUUUGAAAACUUCACCAUCCAAGCUUUCAUGGGAAACUAUGAUUUAUGUGGAAGUUCAAAACUAGAGCUCCCACCUUGCCCAGCUCAUUCAAAAUCAAGAAAGGCAUCUUUCUGGUUAAAAUAUGUUGUUUCUCCAAUUGCUGCAGUGGCUAUUGUGGCUUCACUGCUAAUUCUUCACAUCAAAUACUGGAGAAACAGCAAGAAUUUGCCAGUCUCUUCCAACGAAUCAUCGAUUAAGUUGGGUGAGAUCCUUGGUGCAACUAAUAAUCUUAGUGAAGAAAACUUGAUGGGAACUGGGAGCUUUUGCUCUGUCUACAAAGGAACUAUGUCAGAUGGUGAGAUUGUAGCUGUCAAAGUCUUUGAUUUGCAAGUUGAAGGAGCAUUAACAUCUUUUGAUAGAGAAUGUCAAGUGCUAAGGAAUGUGAGACACAGAAACCUGGUGAAGAUCAUAAGUAGUUGUUCCAACCUCGAUUUCAGAUCUCUGGUUCUUGAAUACAUGCCUAAUGGAAGCCUUGAAAAUUGCUUGUAUAAUCUGGAGUCCAAAAGUUUGGAUAUUCUUCAGCGAAUGAAUAUAAUGAUUGAUGUGGCAUUAGGAUUGGAGUAUCUUCACCAUGGAUAUUCAGAACCCAUUGUUCAUUGUGAUUUGAAGCCUAGCAAUGUUCUUUUGGAUGAAAACAUGGUUGCACAUGUUGCUGAUUUUGGCAUUGCAAAAAUUUUGGCCAUAUACAAAUCUAUGACUCAAAUGGCAACUCUUGGCACAAUGGGUUAUAUUGCACCAGAGUUCGGGUCGCAAGGAAGGGUAUCUCCUAAAGGUGAUGUCUAUAGUUUUGGUAUCAUGUUGAUGGAAAUAUUUACCAGGAAGAACCCAAGAGAUGAAAUGUUCGUUGAAGGAUUGAAUUUGAGGCAAUGGGUACUGUCCUCUUAUUGUGAUCGAGUAAUGGAUAUUGCGGAUUCUUCUUUUUGGAUUAAUGGGAUUGAAGAAGCUAAAAUGACACUAUUAAUCAUGGACUCUUUAAAAGGCAUUUUGUCAUCAAUCAUGGAAUUAGCACUGGAGUGUUCUGAAGAUUUACCAGAGGAGAGGCUCAAUAUGAUUGAUGUUACAAUUAGACUCAAAAAGAUCAAAAACCAAAUCCUGCAAGAUCAAGUUAGAUUCAAUAAUCAACCAUAUAUAGUAAUAUAAUGUUUUCAAGUCUUUCAAUUACUUGUCUUUUGUGGUUGAAGAGCAAGAUGGUAAGGAAUAUCAUAUUGUUUCAAAAUAAAGUUCGAUCUAUUUAGAAUAUCUUCUAAAUAAAAAAUAAAAAAGGAAUAGUGCUUAUGUAUUUUAAAGUUUGCCUGUAAAACUGUGCAUUCUAUCAAGUACUAAAUUAGUGAAGCAGUAUUAUACAA